GUGCAGGGUUUAAAUACCAGCCAGAGCCUCUUUUGUAAGCAGCUUGUGUGAAAGUGUGUGAAGAGCGUAGCAGCAUGGUCAGCCGCGUGGAGCAUCCUGCUGCCAGCUACAAGAAGAUCUUUGAGUCUGUGGAGGAGCUGAAUGAACCCAUACCAGCAGUUAUCACUGGUGUUAUCCCGUCAUGGCUGGGGGGAAGUCUUCUGAGGAUGGGUCCAGGUCUCUUCGAGGUGGGAGAUGAACAUUUCCAGCACCUGUUUGAUGGACAGGCUCUCAUCCACAAGUUUGACCUGAAAAACGGUCAGGUGACUUAUUACCGGAAGUUUAUUAGGACAGAUGCUUAUGUUCGGGCCAUGACAGAGAACAGAGUUGUCAUCACUGAGUUUGGCACGGCAGCCUACCCAGACCCCUGCAAAAACAUCUUCUCAAGGUUCUUUACUUACUUCAGAGGCAUUGAAGUGACUGAUAACUGUUUAGUGAACGUCUACCCGAUUGGUGAAGACUUCUACGCAGUCACUGAGACCAACUACAUUACCAAAGUUGACCCUGAUUCACUGGAGACAUUAAAAAAGGUGGAUCUUUGUAAGUACCUCUCAGUGAAUGGGGUGACCGCCCACCCCCACACUGAACGAGAUGGCACGCUCUACAACAUUGGCAACUGCUUUGGCAAGAACAUGAGUCUGGCUUAUAACAUUGUUAAGAUCCCACCUGUUCCGAAAGAUAAAUCAGACCCCAUAGAGAAGUCCCAAGUGUUGGUCCAGCUGCCAAGCAGUGAGAGGCUUAAACCCUCCUACGUACACAGCUUCGGUAUGACAGACAACUAUUUUGUAUUCGUGGAGCAGCCGGUGAAGAUCAACCUGCUCAAGUUCUUGUCAGCUUGGAGCUUCAGAGGAGCCACAUACAUGGACUGCUUUGAGCCCAACGCCAGCAUGGGGACAUGGUUCCACUUGGCCAGUAAAGAGCCAGCGGGUUAUCUGAGUAGUCACAAGUUCAGAACAUCAGCAUUCAACCUCUUUCACCAUAUUAACGCCUAUGAAGACGAAGGAUUCAUCGUUGUCGAUCUCUGCGCGUGGAAAGGUCAUGAAUUUGUGUAUAACUACCUGUACCUGGCUAAUGUGAAAGAGGAGUGGGAGGAGGUGAAGAAAGCAGCUGCACGAGCUCCACAGCCUGAGGUCAGACGAUAUGUCCUUCCACUGGAUAUUCACAGAGAGGAUCGGGGGAAGAAUCUGGUAUCUCUGUCGUACACUACAGCGACCGCCGUUCUUCACAGCGACGGUACUAUCUGGCUCGAACCUGAAGUGCUGUUUUCUGGACCAAGACAGGCUUUCGAGUUUCCACAGAUCAACUAUUCAAAGUGCUGUGGGAAGAAGUACUCCUUCGCCUAUGGCCUGGGACUCAACCACUUCAUUCCUGACAGGAUCGUCAAGCUGAAUGUGCAGACCAAAGAGACCUGGGUGUGGCAGGAGGAGGACAGUUACCCAUCAGAGCCACUGUUUGUGCCGUCACCCGGAGCUACAGAGGAGGAUGAUGGUGUGUUGCUGAGCAUUGUGGUAAAGCCAGGUGCGCAGAGACCAGGUUCCCUCCUGGUGCUGGAUGCCAGAAACCUGACAGAGCUCGCCAGGGCAGAGGUCAACACUAUCAUCCCCAUCACCCUGCAUGGGACUUACAAGCCAUGAAGCUGCGUUUCUUCCAAACAGGUGCUUCAUGAAAUACACCAGUCUGGCUCUUUUCUCCCACCAUAGACGAGUUUUCUUAUGGAAAUGAAACCCCAUCAUUGCUUUACAAUGCUGCUAAAAAAAAUAAAAAUCUUCAGCAGUCUCUGUCAUAUGUUACCUGGCCACACAAUGCAUGUUGGUUCUAUUUUUCCUGUAGCUGUAGCUGGUGGUGAGAAGAAGCCCAGCGAAGCAUUACAUCAACCACAUUUACUGCAUAAUCAGUUUAUGUUUAUGUAAUUGUUGUUGUAAAUCCACAAAUGUACACAGACGGUAUUUUUGCUACAGGUAUUUGAAACAAUUUUGGUCAAAUACAAAAACUGUUAAUGUGUAUUUGUUUUGACAACACAUGUUGUAAAAAUAAAUCUGUGCAUACAUUCAUCACUCAUCACAAAAUUGAGGCAACAUUUGGAAAUGUGAGCUAUAAAAACAUGUAAUCCUACCAAUCCAGUAAAAUUAUAUGAUGAGCAGGAUAUGGGUCUGACCACGUACUAAAAAUCCAAAACUGAGAUUAACAUGAUAUUAGAAAAGAGUUAUAUAUUGGUGCAUCCAUGUCAUUUGGAUUAAGCACCAUUGCUUGUUGCGUAUGGACUUUUGAUAUCACUUUAAAUUUGACUCUUCAUUGCAUUCAAACUUCAGAUUUCAACAUCUUUUUAGAAAAUCAACAGCAUGUUAUAAUACCAGAUGAAUAGUUGUGGAUUAACUGUACUUUAUACAUAUAUGUUCCUAAACUUGUUUCUGUGUACACACUGUGGUUGUUACAACUUAGUUUGGCACCAAAUACAGUAAAUAUGGAGUAUAAUCAAACUUCCACAGUGCUUUGUGAAAGCUAGCUGUUUAUCGUUGACCUUCAUGUAUAUGCAGCACUGUUUAUAAGCCAAUUAUAUUGUUGAAUUUAGAAGAAAAAAAUGUAGAUGCAAAUAAAAGCAGUGCUAUUUUUCUACGAUUGGAAAUAAAGCUGGCUGCAGGUCCACAGCUUGCACAAGCAG